AUGUUAUCGAUUGACGCAUCAUCAAAAAAUUUAUCAGACGAUGAAUUGGUAGCAGAAUUUGAUGUACCUAAAGAAGGAUGUCCUAAAGGACAAGUACCAAUCCAUAAACCAAAAAAGUUUAACUACACUGAAAAACAUUUUCACCCUAAUAGCUAUGGAACUAUUGGUGAACAUGCUGCUUUUAUUCACAAAACUGAAGCCAUCCCAUGGCGUGGAGCAUCAGCAUGGGUUGGUGUUUACGAACCUAAAGUGACUAAAGACCAAGCCAGCUUGGUUUUGCUUUGGCUCGAAAAUGGGCACAAUGGUGAACUCAACACCAUCCAGUUUGGUUGGGCUGUACUUCCUGAAAUAUAUGGCGAUGAUCGUACAAGACUUACUGCAUAUUGGAGUCCAGAUAAUCGUGACUAUGGGUGCUACAAUAUACUAUGUAAGGGAUUCGUUCAAGUCCACUCGAAAGUCUUUCUUGGUGCUGCAUUUAAGAACAUCUCUGUGGUCGGAGGUAAACAAUAUAACGCCUUCCUUGCAAUCAAUCAGGGGCAUUCAUUGUUCAACAUGGAAAAAAAACUGAAUAGAUUUGGAACUAAUGAGAAAAUUUAG